AUGGAGGUUUCGAUGGACAAUUCAAGACGAGUACAACAAUUCCGUUGCGAGGACAUUGCGAAGUCUCGACUCCACCAUGAGUGGCGAGAUUGGAAAAGUUCACUCGAACGAUAUUUCGAAGCGAAUGUCAUCGAUGACCAGUUCAAGAAGCGCGCUAAGCUAUUGUACUUGGGAGGUCCACAGUUGGACAAGGUUUUUCGCAACCUUCCGGAGGCAAGCAAUUUUCCGGUGAUUGCAACCAAGAAGCAGUACUACGAUGUGGCUAUUUCGGCAUUGGAUAACUACUUUCAGCCAACAAGACCAGAUAUUUUGGAACGUCAUCGUCUUCGGCAAAUAAGACAGUUGCCAGAGGAAAGUUUUGCUCAUUACAUGGUUCGUCUACGGCAACAAGCGGCAUAUUGCGGGUUUGAGAAGUACUCUGAGUCGACAAGGCGUGUACUAAUGGAUCUUAUGAUUACGGAUGUUAUACAGGAGGGGUGUCAAUCGAAUGAACUUCGCCGAAGGUUGUUGCAGAAAGAUCGUACGUUAGAUGAAAUCGUGGAAAUUGCUAAUAGUCUGGAAGGAGUCGAUUCUCAGUUGAAUGAUUUGAAAACUGAGUCCAAAACUGUUGGUGAGAAGACAUUGUAUCCGGUGAAGGAAAAAGAUAGAGGCAUUCACGAGGAUCCUCACACUCGUCCUUCCCCCAGUAAGAAAAUUCGCGCAGUCGAAGAAGUCAGCGCUGUAGCCUCCGAUAAAUCAGAAGACAACAAAGUAUACUACGCGUUCUUCUCUGGGAAUCAGUCCAACGUUCUUGAGUUCGAUGUAGGAGGAGUUAAGUUAGAAAUGCUUGUCGACUCAGGGGCAGAUGCCAAUAUGCUGACCGUGGAUGCUUGGGAGCGUCUGAAAAGGGCAGAAGUUCGAGUUUUAUCAUCUUCCAGAAAGACAGAUAGCACAUUCCUUGCAUAUAGUAACGAUGCACCUUUAAAUAUCCGUGGUAAAUUCACAGCAGAGAUCCGGAUAAAUGAUAAAUCGGCAAUCGCUGAAUUUUAUGUUGUGGAAAAAGGACAAAAAUGUUUACUCGGCGACAAAACUGCGAAACAGCUUGCGGUAUUGAAGGUAGGAGUAUAUGUGAACCAAGUGAUCACAGUGCAUCCUUUUGCCUGCAUUAAAGAUGUAGAAGUCCAUGUUCACAUGCAACCAAACGUUAAACCCGUGGUGCAACCUGUCCGUCGACUCCCGAUACCGCUUGAAGCAGAGGUAAACCGUAAACUUGACGAGAUGCUUAACCGAGACAUUAUUGAACCUAAAAAUGGUCCAACAACGUGGGUGUCUCCAUUGGUGGUGGUCGCUAAAGCCGCAGGAGGGCUCCGCCUAUGUGUAGAUUUCCGAAGAGUGAACCAAGCGGUACUACGUGAGCAUCAUCCAAUGCAAGUCAUCGAACAGAUACUUGCUAGGCUGGGAGGUGGCAACAUUUGGAAUGAACCGUUACGAGAACUAACCAGGAAGGGUGCAAGAUUUUCUUGGGAAGAGCGCGAAGAGGCAUUUCAAACGAUUAAGCGUACCAUGGCGGAUGUGCGAAAGCUAGGAUUCUAUGAUGCAAGAUCACAAACAGCAGUGAUUGCGGAUGCCAGUCCUACGGGGCUCGGAGCCAUGCUGGUACAAACGGAUAAGUUCGGAGUCCAGAGGGUCAACAGUUUUGCCUCCAAGUCUUUAACGGAGACCGAAAAACGCUACUGUCAGACCGAAAAGGAGGCACUAGCAUUGGUCUGGGCAGUUGAGAAGUUUCAAUUUUACUUACUCGGAAAAAAGAUUGAUCUAGUAACAGAUUGUAAGGCUCUUUCAUAUUUGUUUACUCCUAGGUCGCGCCCGAAUACAGCUGCAGAGCCUUUCGAUUCUGCAGAAGAAAUCAUUGUCAAACAUAUCGCUACUGUGAGUGCCUCAACUGUCGCAGUUUCGUGGUCCGUAUUAGUGGAAGCUUCACGAGAUGAUGAAGAAAUUUCAAAUGUUCUCAAUUGCUUGGAAAAUGAUUGCUUAGAUUUACUACCUAUUAAAUAUCGUAUCGUUUCUGUAGAGCUCUGCAACGUUGGAGGAGUACUGCUGCGAGGAGAUCGCAUAGUAGUGCCAACUACUUUACGCCAACGCGUUCUUGACACAGCCCAUGAUGGUCAUCCUGGCGUGAAUAUGAUGAAGUCGCAUCUACGUACGUCGGUAUGGUGGCCGAAGCUAGACGCGAAUGUGGAAUCGUUCGUGGCAGGUUGCAGAGGAUGUACUUUAGUGUCAGCUACCAAUGUUCCCGAGCCACUCGUUCGUAAGGAACUUCCUACCGGACCAUGGGAAGACAUAGUCAUUGAUUACCUAGGACCGCUUCUGGAGGGACUAUAUCUACUCGUUGUAGUCGAUUGUUAUAGUCGAUUUUUAGAAGUAUGCGAGAUGACGUGUAUUGAUACGCAGAACACGAUUGACAGUCUACGAAUGAUAUUUAGCCGCUUCGGGAUUCCGACUCUGGUCAAGGCGGAUAAUGGUCCUCAAUUCUCCAGUCAAGAGUUCAGGGAUUAUUGCACGACACGCGACAUACAUCUGGUUAACACCAUUCCAUAUUGGCCGCAGAUGAACGGACAGGGGAAGGAGUACACAGACAUGAAACGCCGGGCAGAAUACAGUGAAAUUCGUGAAGGUGAUCGGGUCUUCGUAAAAAGGAUGAGGAGAGAUCAUAAGCUGCAAGCCGACUAUUCGCCCAAAGAAUUCCAGGUAGUAAAGAAAACAGGAUCGGAUGUAAUCAUUCGCUCGACAUUAUCAGGUACGGAACUCCGACGCAACGUCACACACUUGAAAAGGGUUCCUGGACACACUAUUGAACCAGUAUCACAUCAGCACGAACCGUCGGAGGAUUUGGACGAUGUUCAAUCUUCAUCUACAGCCUAUGGCGCUGAUAUCGCACCACAGAACACCAAAAUAUCAAUUCGUUCGGAAGGUGGUCAACCCGCAUCCACCAACCCAGACAUCACACCAGAAAGCAAUAAAACGCCAAUUCGUUCGAAGCGUCAACGAUUUGAGCCAUCCAAGUUCAAGGAUUAUGUAGCUCAUUAG